CCCUCCACUGAUGUAGCUGUAGUUUAUUAUUUGUUAUUAGAUAUCCUAAUAUUCCAUGACAGAAAUGUCUCACAAUCUAGUCAACCAUUUCCCUAUAUAUGAGCAUUCGCUUUUUCAGUUUUUGGCCACUCCAACAUCAUAUUUUUCAAUGAACUAAAUUUUACUUUUUCAAUUUCUAAUCCUGUUUUUUUUUGUGUGUGUGCCUUACUAACUUGUCAUGGUUGUUCAGAAAGUCAAUAUACUAUUUAAGUUCUCCUUGGAAUGCGUAUUUAGUCACACCAAGUGUUUUGUGAGGUUUCUCUCUGUAAUCUCGGUUUGUGGCGUCUUUCUCAUUGACCUUCUCAAGAUGGCGGCCCGGUCCUGUUUCCGGCCUCAGGAUCCUACACGAAAUCAUACCGAUGGGAAACUGUUGCUGUAGCAGAAUGGUUCCGGGCGGCUGACGUGGCAUCAAAGUUCACAGUGUCUGCCAGCUGUGAGUAACAGCAGGCUGUCACGAUGGGAUAGAGCAGCAGCAGCAGCAGCAACUCCUGAUUUAGGGGCAAACAAUAUCACGUGGCUAUUACCAGUAUGCUUUUCUGGACAGAGCUUUGACUAGAAGUCCUGUGGUUGAUUUUCCUCCACGCAAUGACUGAUAAUGACACUGAAGAUAAAAUAACUACACAACUGACUAAAAAAAGAGAGACAUUCAGAAGGUCAGGGAUGGAACCCUGGAUUCCCCAGCAGCCGCUGCAGCCCCGGGGGAGGCCCCCAGCCCCAUCCCAGGGUCCAGACCGAGGUCUUCGGAGAGAUGGAUAUCAUCGACCUGUUCCUCACUCUUGGCACAAGGGAGAGAGGUUCCAUCAAUGGCAAGACAUCCGAGGGAGCCCCCAGCCACAGCAGGACCCCAAGGCAGACCAGCAGCAGCCUCAUUACGUACCCAGGCCUGGGGAAUGGCCUCAGCCUGUGGCCGGGGGGGACUAUUACGAAGGGGCUUAUCACCCUCACUUGUAUUCAAGGCCAGGCAUUGAUGAUCCAUACCAGAGGUAUCACUCUUCUGUAAGGGAAGAAUAUCCGUAUGGAAGUUAUUACUACCAUGGGCACCCACAGCAGCAACCAGAAGAAAGAGUGCCAAGGCAGGCGAGUCCUUAUGUCCGGCAUGAAGACUAUCGAGAUCAAAAGUACCUCAAUGAAUAUCAUCAUGAAAACCAGAAGAGUCCAUUUGGAACAAACAGUGAGACCCAGUUCCAAUCUCAGAGUGGGAACCCUUAUAGAGACAGCCCUGCUUCCAACUCUGGACAGGAGUGGCCUGGGGACCUGCUUCCGGAGAGUGUGCUAACUGGGGCCCAGAAGCAUAAGCCACCACUGCCCCACGAGUCCAACCUUCUCCAGCAGCACGAGUCUGGCCUCAGCUCCAGUGGCUAUGAGCUCAGUCAGUACAUGGCAGAUGCCUCCGAGCCUUAUGUCCCCACGGCUUCAACAGUUUGGAGACCAGUGCAGGCUGCGGCUGACUCGGCAGCUGAUCCCAAGGCACCCAUGAAGUUCUACAUCCCCCAUGUGCCUGCGAGUUUUGGGCCAGGAGGUCAGCUGGUGUGUGUGUGUCCCAGCUCUCCCAGUGACGGGCAAACGGCCCUUGUUGAACUGCACAGCAUGGAGGUUAUUCUUAAUGAUUCUGAAGAACAAGAAGAGAUGAGAACUUUCUCAGGACCCCUGAUCAGGGAAGACGUCCACAAGGUGGACAUCAUGACCUUUUGCCAGCAGAAAGCAGCUCAGAGCCGCCAAUCCGAGACACCAGGGAGCAGAGACGCAGCUCUACUAUGGCAACUGUUGGUUCUCCUUUGUCGACAGAAUGGGUCCAUGGUGGGGUCUGACAUUGCGGAGCUGCUGAUGCAAGACCGCAAGAAGCUGGAGAAGUACAAGAGGCAGCCCCCGGUGGCCAACCUCAUCAACCUGACCGAUGACAACUGGCCAGCGCCCAGCUCAGGGACCCCAAACCUGCUCACUGGGGAGAUUCCCCCAAGUGUGGAGACACCUGCGCAGAUCGUGGAGAAAUUCACCAAGCUGCUCUACUACGGAAGGAAGAAGGAAGCCUUGGAGUGGGCCAUGAAGAACCACUUGUGGGGCCAUGCUCUGUUCCUGUCCAGCAAGAUGGACCCCAGGACUUACAACUGGGUCAUGAGUGGUUUCACAAGCACACUGGCGCUCAACGACCCACUGCAGACCCUCUUCCAGCUCAUGUCGGGGAGGAUCCCACAGGCAGCCACGUGUUGUGGGGACAAGCAGUGGGGAGACUGGAGGCCUCACUUGGCUGUGAUUCUGUCGAAUCAGGGUGGGGACCCGGAGCUGCACCAACGUGCGAUCGUCACCAUGGGGGACACCCUGGCUGGGAAGGGGCUGGUGGAGGCAGCUCACUUCUGCUACCUCAUGGCUCACGUGCCCUUCGGCUACUACACGGUGAAGACGGACCAUCUGGCCCUGCUGGGCAGCAGCCACAGUCAAGAGUUUUUGAAAUUUGCAACCACUGAGGCCAUCCAGAGGACAGAAAUCUUCGAGUACUGCCAGAUGCUGGGCCGCCCCCAGUCCUUCAUCCCUUCUUUCCAGGUAUAUAAACUCCUUUAUGCUUCCCGGCUGGCAGAUUACGGCCUUGCGUCCCAGGCCUUGCAUUACUGUGAAGCUGUGGGCACGGCCCUCCUUAGCCAGGGAGAGAGCAGUCACCCUGUGCUGUUGGGGGAACUCAUCAAGCUAGCAGAGAAACUGAAGAUGUCGGAUCCGCUGGUGCUCGAGAGGCGCCGCGGAGGGAGGGACCUGGAGCCAGACUGGCUCGUGCGCCUCCGGAAGCGGCACCAGGAGCUGGAGCGAAAGGCAUCGGCAGACACUGGGAACCCUCCUUCUGCUCACACAGACAUUUCAGGAGCCCAAGGAGCAACAGGAAACACUUUCUACCAGGAUUUUUCGGGACAUCGAGGUGACUCAGAAGUCACUGGGGACCCCUCUGCCCGGUGGCCACCAGUGGAGCCAGUGGGCCCCGCCUGGCCCAGCCCACAGCAGCCCUUGCCCCUCCAGCCAGGCUCCUACCCAGCAGGAGGAGAUUUGGGACAGAUGGGGAUCCCGGUGCCUCUUUACUCGGUCCCUGAGGCCCGUCUGCCAGGGAUCGGUGGCAGCACAGUAGUGACAGAGGCUCCUGGAGGAAGGCCCUGGGCAGAAACCCAGCAGCCACCCCCGCCCCCUGCAGAGAACACAGUGUCUCAAGGAACCUUCCAGCAUCCUGAUGGUCAAAAGGUGGAUUCCAAACCACAGGUGCCACUGAUUUCCAGAGCUCAAAAUAUUUCCGAGAAUUCCACUGUUUCAGCCAAGGAGGAGGAGGAAUCGUCCUCGGAUGAGACAGAUAAAAAGUCUUCCCCAGACACUGCAAGGAGAGAAAAGAGCUCAGGCUUUGGCUGGUUCAGCUGGUUUCGCUCCAAACCCACCCACAGCACAUCCCCCUCUGGGGACGAAGACUCCUCCGACAGCCCCGACUCAGAGGAGACCCCCAGAGCAUCUUCUCCCACUCAGGCUGGCUCCGGCCUCUCACUGACACCUCUCCCAGAGCCCCCGUCUCUGCCGGGCCCUGGCACCUUCUCCAGGGGCACAGGUGGGGGUGAAGUCCAAGGACCAGCGUCCAGUGGGGGAACCGCUGAGGUCACUGGGAAUGGAGGCUUGUCCGGGCUCCAGGGUGUUUCCUCUGAGGCCUUCAACCCUGGUGCCCUGCUUCCCCCACCCUCCUUGAAAGGGGCUGUUCCUCUCUACAAUCCAUCUCAGGUCCCCCAGCUCCCCACGGCUGCUAGCCUGAGCCGGCCAAGCCGUCUAGCUCAGCGUCGCUAUCCAACACAGCCAUGAUGACCAGCCAACCAUCCCAGGCCCGUCUCCCUGGGGCACAACAUUUAAAUCUCCCAGCCCUGCUGCUGGGUUGGGGCCCCCAGGAGGUUGUGCUAGACUAUUGCCUCCACUGGGUAUGGAGAAGGCAAGUGGACAGGGUACACCAGGACACAGCUCAGUUCAGUCCCUUAAGAUCAGCUUCACACGAUGGAAAUGACUUCAUCACAUGGAAAAGCUGGGCAUGGAGGCAGCACUGCGGAUGGCCGCUUCACAUUCUCAGGGCCUAAGGGAUUGACGGAGGACACCACUGGGCUCUGCAGCAGGAAAGUAUUGGGGGCCGGGGACACUCAGAGCAACAUCCUGGACUAAUUUGACUCCUUCCUCAGUUAUAGACCAAUUUAUGACUCUACUUAGCAAAAGCUUUUAUACUAAAACUUAAUUAUUCUCAUCAUAAUUCCCUUUUCAGUGGCAUUUCAGCAGUUUCUCUGUUGGUCCUGGUUUUGUGCACAUUUUUAUGUGGUUCAGAUUAAUUAUAUUUCUCUCACUUUCUUAGCCGGUCCUAUUUUUUCAUAUUCUGGCAUCUGGCUAUCAAGUUAGAUUGCUGUAGGCUUCAUAUUGUCAUGGUAACUACCUAACCUAUCGAUGCAGAUGGAUGGAACGUUAGUCUAAUAAAGGGUGGAAAACAUUUUCUAAAACUUCCCCCCUUCCCUGACAGGAGGAAUGAAUGUGCGAUAUUCUUAGUCCCUCCCUCCCUGCUUUAGGCCUUUGCAAAUCGAUGUUCGGAGGGUCACUGGAGCCAGAGGGAAGAGGCGGACAGCCUAGAAAUUCCCAUUUUUCCCCCCUUUCAAACCCCAAAUAGAAACGACUCUUGGUGUUUGUCAGAUUGCUAAAAAUUGCUCCUCAAAAAGAAUUUUUUUUUGUAUGUGUCAUUGUACAUACAGGUUUUGUACUCUAAUGUACUACAGUUCUAAUGUUGGUAGCGAUUAAACCAGAUAAUUUUAUAGCACAUGUUUAUCCGUGGCACAGUGAGUGGUCUCUUCCCUGAAGUCUCUUCUAACAAUGGUUUCAUUGUGUGAUAGGGUGCGAAGACCUGGAAGGAGCCCUUUGUUAACGAAGAACCUAGGGACUGAUCCUCUUAACUUCCAAGUCUACUCCAAUUUUUUUUCCCCAGUUAAGAAAAUAUGAACAAAAGCUUCUCUGAUGCAAGCAGUCACUCCAUUAACUACAUAUUUUGCUUUCUAAAAAGUUUAUCCAUCUCUCACAUUAAAUUAGGAAAUGCAUGCACAAGUGUUUUGCAUCUAGAAGGCCCUCUGUGAAUGCCAUGCCCCCUUCUUCCUUAAGAGACUGCUCCUCCUCCUGGUUGGUAUGCUGACACCCAGUGGUGAUACUAUGGUAGUAGUGGGUGAGUUCCACAGGAGUCCCACUGCUCAGACUUGAAUCCUGGCUCAUGCCCAGUUUACUUAGGGACGUUAGCCAAGUUUCCCUUACUGUCCUGUGCUUCUCAUCUGUAACGUGAGGAUAAUAAUUACAGUAGUACCUACCGCAUAGGGACAUUGCAAGAAUUAAAUGAGUUGAGCUUGUAGAAAAGUACCUGGGACAUGCUAAGCACUAGGUAAGUGUCUUAUUUUUUUUUUUUUAAAUUAUCAGUAUAUAACCUAUAAGUAAAAUCUUGACUAUCAUGUUACCUAACAGAUUACACUGUCGAUUUGCAUUCUUGAUAUAGGUAUAGAAUAGGAGUAAUAAUUUAAAACUACUCAAUAUGUACCUUUGUUAUUAAGCCAGUUUCUCUUCCUGCAGCCUAUCUGCCACCAAUGCUAGGUCAUGCGGCUUAGAGCCCCUGGGACCAAAGAUGCGGGGGACUUCCUGCCCCAUAGAAAGAAGCCCGUUAGAGGAGGAGAGUGAGGACCGAAGAGGAAGGCAGAGAUGGCAGAUGCCUGUGCCCUCACUUCCUCCUCCUGCUGGGAUUCUACAUGGAAGACCAGUGACUAGUGUGCACAACGCAAGCACUGACCUUAGCUACGUCCCAGGCAAAGGGAACACACUUGCUGAAGGGGGAAGUCAGGGAUCUAUACAGGGUAUUUAUGCGAGUUCAGGAUUGCAAGUAUAUAUCCCGGGGAAGUCAGAAUGCACCUGUUCAUCUGCGUGCGGUUGAUUGAAACAAGUCCUUCGUUCAUUGGUCGGGAGAGAGCCCUCCGCUGGGUCCAGUAAGGGUCUGCUGAAAGGGGUCACUCAGAGGUCUUGGUUGGUUGUCAGCUUUUCUUAGUGGUGGUGAUGCUGGUGAGGUUGCUAAAGGUCAUGAUCAUUUUACAGCUUCAGCUGGUUCAAACCAGUUGCGCUAAAACAAAGCAAGUGCGGCCAUAAGAGAAAAUACUAUUUCCUCCCUUUGCAAGAUGGAAGCGUGGGGAGUAGAGCAGAUGGUGAUAAAAAUAUGCCGCUAGGAGCAGGGAGCCCAAGAGUGGGGGGACUCACGGCACCUUUCCUUGUCCAGAGCUUGGGAAAGGCUGCGAGCCAUAAGGAGAAGCUGGCUUUGUCUAAGGGGGCUUGGGAGCCAUAGCAGCUUGGCCUUGGAGAUGACCAUGGUCUGAGGCAGGGCCUCAACUCCCUGCAGUCUGGUAUAUGUGGACUCCUUAGGAAUGAUUACACGGUGCCCCCAAAGGCCACAGGGACCAUUGUGCCCCAGCAGACACCAGGCCAGGGCAGGGUCAAACCAGUCACCCAAAAUGCAUGGGA